AUGAUAUCACCAUUUCAGACUCUCGCCGACUCUGUUGGCAAUGAGGGACGGAACAAUCGAACCAAAACGCGAAAACAGAUCCCAGCAAAUGAAAAGGUUCAUGCCGACGAGUUAGCCGUUGUUUGGCAUUAUGAUGGAUAUCUGCGCUAUUCGCCAUUGUUUUAUGGAUACUACUCGGACGACCCAUUUCUAGGAAACAAGAUAAAAUAUGCACUUCCGCUUGCCUACUUUAUGGUCACACUCACAAUAUUUGCUUACAGUUUUUUUGCGAUUUUACGGAAAAUGGCUGCUAAUGCAAGAAUGUCCAAGUUGUCUGGAAGCAAAGCCGAACAGUACAUUUUUAACUGGAAAUUGUUCACCGGAUGGGAUUAUACAAUUGGAAACUCUGAAACAGCGAGUAACACUGUCAUGGCAGUUGUGAUAAAACUCAGGGAGUCCAUUGCUGACAUCAAAAAAGACUCCCAUGGUAAAUUUCGACUUCUUCAAUUUACACUAAGAGUUUUUGCAAACGUUGUAAUAUGUGCUAUGCUUGGAUUCUCAAUUUAUUGCAUCAUAUUCGCCGUUCAAAAGUCGCAAGUGCAGGAUGAUGGGAACUUAUUUACAAAAAAUCAAGUUCCAUCUGUUGUCUCGACAAUUACGCACGUGUUUCCCAUGAUUUUUGAUUUGAUUGGGCGAAUGGAAAACUAUCAUCCAAGAACUGCGCUGCGAGCACAUCUGGGAAGAGUUUUGAUCCUUUAUACUGUCAACUACAUUACUCUCAUUUUUGCUCUGUUUGAAAAAAUGACAGCUCUACGAGACCGUGUGAACUCAACGUCAACUGUUAAACAUCAUGUUAAACGACAGCAAGGAGGUUGGAAUCCGAAUAUUCAACGGCCGCCGCCUUAUGCCAGUCGUGCUGAAAUUCGCCAAAUGAGCGAGUUUUUAGCUGCAAACACCCGCAGAUUUCAAACAGUCAGCCAACGAACUACAAGAUCGGUCACAACUCCAUUCACAGUUGCUCCUCAAUAUGGCCCAUUCAAUGUUAACAAUCCAAACGCAGUAUUCCACAAUGGAACUCAUUCAACCAGUUUUGAAUCACAAGUUCUUGGCCCCAAAGUGCUUCCGAUAUUUACACCUCCACCAAGGAAGUAUCAAAAUUAUAGUCCGGGAAAGGUGGGACAGCAAUUUGGAGGUCCCGAUUUUCCAAAACACCAAACAUAUUCCAAGUCAACUCCUUUACCACGAGUCCGAACCAAACCACCAUGGAUGUUUACAACUACCAUCAUUCCAACAGUUCAAAAGAAGCCUGGAAGUAUUUCUACACCUUCUGCAGGACACGACACUGUGGAGCUCGACGAAUCAAAAGAAAUCGCUGCAAAAGAUGGAUCAGGGAACGAACAAACGAUUCAUACUAAUGAAGCUGCUCUCCGACGUAACCAAGACGGCCAUAACAACGAUAUUUGUUGGGAGACUAUCAUCGGUCAAGAAAUUGUGAAAUUGGUCACAAUGGAUUUGAUAUUCACAAUCCUUUCAAUCCUUGUGAUUGAUUUUCUUCGUGGGUUGUGGAUCAAAUACUGUUCUUCUUGGUGGUGUUGGGACAUUGAAACAACGUUCCCGGAAUAUGGAGAGUUCAAAGUAGCUGAAAAUGUGCUGCACAUCAUCAACAAUCAAGGAAUGAUAUGGUUGGGAUUGUUUUUCGCACCUCUGCUUCCUGCUAUUAACAAUAUUAAACUGAUUAUUCUGAUGUACAUUCGUGGAUGGGCUGUGAUGACGUGCAACGUUCCAGCAAGGGAAAUUUUCAGAGCAAGUCGAUCAAGCAACUUCUAUCUUGGAAUACUUCUCAUUUGGCUUCUCCUCUGUACUCUACCUGUUGGCUUUGUUAUUGCAUCUAUGAGUCCGUCAAGAUCAUGCGGACCUUUUGCACGGUACGAGCAUUUCUACACAGUGGUUACCAGAGAAAUUGAGAAACGAGUGGACCAAACAGUUUUAUCUUAUAUUCGUCAUAUUGCAUCCCCCGGCGUUGUGAUUCCAAUCAUCUUGUUUCUGAUGCAAGUUGUUGAAUUAAUUUUAGUAACAACUGUUGAUUUUCCAGACUCAUUAUUUAUUUCCUGUUUUCCCUGGUUCGAGAGGACAGAAGAGAAGAAGAAAAUCUUUGAGUUGGCUGGUGGUAAGAAAAACAAGUUUGAGAAGGAUAGAGACAAGAAACGAUCCAACGACUACAUUCCUCUGAUUGAACAACGACGACGUGAGCCAUGGAGGCAAUAUCAUGAACAGGAAGCUGACAACGGCUUAGCAUCGGAUUCCUCCGAAGAGAGUGACAUUGGCGAGGAAGAAGAGGAGGAACGACAGCCAAUCGCAGCUUAUGCAUUACGUUCUUCUGAAACUCCUCCAGAAACUCUUCAAGUCACCGCUUUCCAUCCUUCUCUAGGUUCGCUUAUUGAAAACCGGGAGAUGGAAGAUGAAGAAAGUAGCAGCGGAGAGCCACUUCCAAUGAUACACAAAUCAGUUUCAUUCCAAGGACCAUCGAACAUGCAAAUGCGACAAAGCAUUUCCACAGAAAGUUGUAGCCAAAUUUCAAGAAGUGCAAUUCAAGUGGCAACUCCUGAGGAAAUACGAGCCCUACUGCGGCCUUAUCUCGAAGCAAAAUAUGGUGUGCCGCAUCAGCAUGGAAUGAAAUCUUUCCCUAUUGAUGUUCAUACUCCACCAAACAACACACCAUCCAGGCGAUCGUCAAAGUACAACUCGUUUGUAUCUCUAUACGAGCACACUAGAGAUGAUCACAAAAAUUUUGUCGCAUCUACAAUCAAAGAAACAGAUUUGGAGGAAGAACCAACACCUGAUGAUAAAAAACUGUCGUUUUCUAAAGAUGUAGCGCCAGAGUUUAUGCCGUGGCCGUCAGCCGAUGAGGCAAAGGCACUCCGUGAAAAAAUGAGGCUCAAAGCACCUCUUAUGUUAACAAGAGCAUCUGUGGAGGAGACACCAAAAGGUGCAAAAAGUGAAUCUGAUUUCCGACCACCUGUUCCAAUACACAGAAAGUAUAAUAUCCAGGCUACUGGAGAAGAAGACAAUAAAGAGGAGACAGAAUUGCCGGAGUCUUCGAAGAAAAGAUUCAGAAUAUCCGUCUCACCAACAAAAACUAUUCAACCAGCUUCUACAAGCAGAGCUCAACAUAAAAUCGUAUCGCAAGCAUCAUCGAGCAGUUCAAUUCCACAUGGACGUUCAGCUACUGUCAACAAGAAAACGUCGCUUGUUUUGUCUCCACGAGCUCCGCGUGUGCAGUUUGAUGAAGAUGAUUCUCCACGACAAAUUGAUUGA